AUGAGUACUUUAACUACAACUGUUAAGGUGGAUAUUUGUUCCUUCUCGGAGUACCGUAUGUACCCUGGGCGUGGGACAAAAUUUGCUUCGCGUGAUGGCAAAGUUUACUUCUUCCUGAACUCUAAAACAUCCGCAUUGGGUCACAAGAAGAUCAAACCCAUCAAACUAAGGUGGACCCAAAGUUGGCGCAGGGCUAAUAAAAAAAUGCAGUCAAGCACUAUACAACGUAGACGCACUAAAAAGACUGCAAGAUUUCAAAAGGCAAUUGUUGGCCUUACACUUGAAGAGUUAAAGUCUAGGCGAUUAGCUCACAACAAUACGUCUGAUAAGGCAAUAAAGGAUGCAAAAAUGAAAGCCAGAAAAGGCAAACAGCCCGUGGCCCCAGUGUCUACAAUACAAGCUAUACAGGGUAAAUAUGAUAAAAAACCCGCACACCAACAGGAUAAAACGCUAACUAAGACAGUGUCAGAUAAUCAAGCGAAAAAACAAGAACAAACUGUUAAAGCGGCUGAACGUCCAAAAAAAAUUGCUGAACAGUCACAAAAAGUGCCAGAGCAACUUAAAAAUGAUUCAGAGCAGAAAAGGCAUGAACAGCCAACGGAGGAGCUGCCAAAAACAAAGGCUGCUAAACCUUCAAAGCAAGAGCAAAAUGCGCCUGCUCCUCAUAAGACUGAGGAAGUGAAACCUAAGAAAGAAAAGGUCACGGAGGAACCGCCAAAAAAAGAAAAAGUCACUGAGGAACCACCAAAGAAAACUAGCUUUAUGGGCAAACUUUUUGGCAGAAUGAGAUAA